GUAACGUCCUAGAAGCGGUCAGUGAAGUUAUUUAACAAUAUAAUUUUUUAUUAGAACCUUUUUUUGUAAAGUGGGCCGUAUAUAUCGUUAAAUAUAUACUAGUAAUAUUCACAGAGGGUAUUAUUUUAAGGAAAAUUUAGAAGGAUAAAAUAACUGUUGGCUAGAUUGUUGAGCUAGCUUUCGUGCUAGCAGUGCUACGAAAACAAACCGUGCUCGAUUUGUUUUUUGGUGUAUAAUUUAGUAUAGUGCUUGAGAAUUUUAUUUACAUGGACACCAAACCGAACAUUUACAAUGCUAGAUAGCUAAAUAGAACACAAUUUUUCGAUUUUUACUGAAAACGACUACUUUUAAACGCUUUUAAAGACGCUAGGUACCGCUAGCUUACAGUCGAUAAGCUUGUCACACAGGCAACUCCAAACAAAGGACGGUUUGUUGUAGCUAACUGUUUCAGGUAGCUGGAGCAAACAACUUUAUUUCUACCAGAAGUUAGUUUGUCAACAGAACAAGACUUAAGAUGGCCCAACGUAGUUCUCACGUAGCAAGUUCUCAAAAAGCCCUGAUGCUUGAAAUGAAAAGUCUUCAAGAAGAGCCAGUUGAAGGCUUCAAAAUAACGUUGGUGGAAGAAGCAGAUUUGUACAACUGGGAAGUAGCCAUUUUUGGACCCCCUAAUACUCUUUACGAGGGGGGUUAUUUUAAGGCUCGCAUCAAGUUCCCCAUCGACUACCCCUAUUCCCCUCCUGCUUUCAGAUUCCUCACUAAAAUGUGGCACCCAAACAUCUAUGAGAACGGAGACGUGUGUAUCUCGAUUCUUCAUCCUCCAGUAGAUGAUCCACAGAGCGGAGAGCUGCCAUCAGAGAGGUGGAACCCCACACAGAAUGUCAGGACCAUUCUGUUGAGUGUCAUCUCUUUGCUGAACGAGCCAAACACAUUCUCUCCGGCAAACGUGGAUGCUUCAGUCAUGUACCGCAAAUGGAGAGACAGCAAAGGAAAAGAUAGAGAGUAUGCCGAGAUCAUCAGGAAGCAGGUGCUGGCCACUAAAGCAGAGGCUGAGCGAGAUGGCGUGAAGGUGCCCACCACGCUGGCCGAGUACUGCGUUCGUACACGCGCCCCACCACCCGACGAGGGCUCCGACCUCUUCUACGACGAUUACUAUGACGAUGAGGACUUGGAGGAUGAGAACGAUGAGGACUGUUGCUAUGAUGAAGAUGACUCGGGAAAUGAGGAGUCAUGACGUCAUUAUCACCACUCUUAAAAAUCGACACAUGCAUCUAGUCCUCUUUCACUUGGAUGGCUGUUUUUUUGUUUUUUUUUCUUUUCCUCUCUCCAAAAAGACUGCAAAAGACGACUUUUAGUUUUAUUUGAUUUUGUUUUAAAUAGACAAAAAAACAGCAUUCGUCUGUUUCUCUGUCUGUCUCGUGGUUGGUAUUCCACCAGCAUUCAAGCACACUUAAAAGUUCCUGAUAACGCAUUUGUCCUACCAAACUUACCUUUUUGUUUUCUUUAACUGCUUUAGACUUUUGGAAUCCUUUGCUGUUGGUGUGGGGGGGGGUGAUGAAGGGUUCAGACAGUUUUAGAAAGGAAAAGAGUUAUUGACAAAGUGUGUAAGGUCUUUGUGUCAUGCUAACAUUCAUCUUCAGAAUGCUUUUGAGGUCUUUGCUGAUCUUUCACUUGCUUCUUGUGUUGCUUAGUGCUAGUCCUUCAUCUGUGAUUACAUCAUGAUCCGGAGGAGCUCAACAAGUCUGACCAGUUCGGCAAUAAAACUGUUGGGACAUUUAUACAUUAGAGGGAAAGGGGUGGCAUUAAUUAUAAAUCAGUUCACUGGCAUUCAAUGAAAAGAUCAUUCCUGCCCCCCCCCCAAAAUGCCGCUUCAUGAAGGGUAUAGAAUAUGUAAAGAUGAGGCUUUUUGAUUGACGUUACAUAUUUGGGUUUGAUAUAGAUUAUCAGAGUUGGAUUGCUCAUUUUGGUUGUAAUUUGAUGAAGUACGUUUAAAUAUUGGGGGAAACAUUUGCAUUAAAAUCAAUAAAAGUGCUUGACCAGUCACAACUCUGCGGAUGCCUGAUCAGUGACUUAUAAUGUCACGAACUGUGAUUGUUCUUUGUUUUAUUGUUCUUCAGAUAUUUUGAUAAGUGUCUGCGCAGUAAAUUUGUCAUUCUGAUAUGAUGUCCUUAGAUGGGGAGGGGGGGUUGGGGG